CGCUUUUAGUAAUUUUAUAACUUUAGUAUGUCUACUUAAGUCAAAUUGUCAUGAAUUAAAUUGAUAAGGGGGUAGCAGAUGGAAACAUAUAAAUGGAUAAUGGAAUCUGGAUCUUGAACAAAGGAAGUGAACGAGUGUGUUUCAACUAAAGAAAGCAAAAUUCUCGUUAAGAAAAGGCCAUUAUAUAAUAUCCAGACAAUACAACAAUGUCACCAGCCGUUAACGAAGACAAGUUCAUAUUACAUUGGCUUGAUGAGUCCAGAUCUCAUAGAAUAUUAUGGUUAUUUGAUCUUUUGGAAUUAGACUAUGAAGUUAAAGUAUACCUUAGACAUCCUGGAACUUGGAGAGGACCCAAAGAGUUAUUCAAUGCCCAUCCAACAGGAAAAGCUCCUGUGGUUGAUAUUAUUUUUGCUGAUGGUAGAGAACCAUUAACAUUGGCUGAAACUGGGUUUAUAAUUCAAUACAUUUUAAAGAAUUAUGAUCAUAAGAAAUUAUUAACUCCAAAGGAUGAUAGAGAUCAAUUGAAAGUGGAUUAUUUCUUGCAUUUUGCUGAAGGUUCAUUGCAAGGACUUUGGAUAACUCUACUUAUAAAUUCUAUUGCUAAAGAAAUAGCACCAUUUGGAUUAAAGAAAGUUACCAAUUUAGUUUCAAAAGGAUUAAAUAAUGGUUAUUAUAUUCAUGAAUGGUAUUUAUUUAUGGAAUUUUUAGAUAGAGAACUAGAAAAGGAAGGAACUGGAUUCUUUGUGGGUGAUAAAUUAAGUGGAGCUGAUGUUAUAAUGACAUUUCCAAUUUAUGAAAAUAUAUUUGAUAAUUUAGAAGGUGUGAAAGAAAUUACUAGAGAUAAAAGAGACUUGGUUAAAGCUUACCCUCAUUUAGCAGCUUGGAGUAAAAUGAUUGGUCAUAACGCUUCGUAUCAGAAAGUGACUCGAUAUAUGGAAGAUAAAGUUGAAGAAUUGAUUGAAUCAAACCCUCAAUUCACUUAUCAAGACAGACAUUAGAUAUGUUCUUGCUGUAAUUUUUAAAUUUUCAAAUUGUGUAUUUUAUGUAUAGGUUUAUACGUGUGAUGAAUGAAUGUAUACUAUUUUUCGUUGCAUUUCAACUUUAUAUAGAGAUAUCAAAAGGGAAGUUUUAGCCCGUCCUAUUCAAUUCACUUAAUAUAUAUUAGCUGUAUUUCUCAAAACACUUGUAACAACAACUUGCUGAGAAAUAUAUCAGAAUGAUAUUGUGAUUCGGAUGUAAACAUCUAAGCCAUUAAACCCAUUAAGACUCAGUCAAACUUUAUUAAAUUAGAAUUCACCAAAAGCUCAUACCCAUUAUUACUGUUGUGGUGGAUUAA